AUGGACCAAGACAUGCACGAAGCCAGCUCUGCUGGCGCUAUCGCUGGUGCGACCUCCGCAACUGAAAACCAAACACGCGUUCCCACAUAUGAAGAAGUGUUUCCUGAGACCCUCGUCGCGGAUGCUGCCUUUCGCGUGUUUAGCUACGCCAGACAACAGGCGGCGCUGACCCCUCCUCGUCCCUGCUCACCCAUUCAGCCUGUGCCCGUGAGCAUUGAUCCUCAGAGACUAGGUGAGUAUCGCCAGUCGCUUGCUGGCUUGCUGGCAAAUACGUUGGAGGGCCUCGCGCUUUAUGAGGCUCAAGCUGCGCAGGAAGACGAGUACGAUGAAGAUGAAGAAGAGGGCGACUAUGGCUCUGUCGAAGGUUGCGAAGGUGGCUGCCGACUCACCGAUGAGGAGGGAAAUUACCAGAGCGAUUCUGUUAGCUCCGUCGAAUCUUCUAUCGAAACGCCUGUCGAGUCCUCUGUCGAGUCGUCUGGGCCCAAGACUGAACCGUUCCCUGACUAUUACGAGUCUUGCGAGAUGUACCCGCCUGUCGACAUCAUCCAGCUUGAACAGGCCUACAAUUACGCCAUCUCCAAGGUCGUCGAGGAAGUCAUUCGCUUCAGAGAAAUUGAUCCUUGUAUCGCCAAUCCGAGCUUCUCCAGCAGCGAUGAAGAAGAGGAAGAGCCUCGACCCCUUCUCGCGCCGAUCGAAGAAGAUGAAGCUGAAUACCAGAGUACAGUUGAGCAAAAUAUCAACGACGUCGAUGGAUCGCAAGGCCCCAACGAACCAAGCUCGAGCGCUUCCUCACCCCCUGGGAUGUACGCUUCCCGUGAAGAGUCCGACAAAAUGCGCGUUGUCGACGAUAUGAGACGUCUGCUCUGCAGUCAGUAUCUUGGCGAUGGCCCUAGAGGUGUCUUCCAUGACUUCUCCUACUUGAUCAUCCGUAUGGGGGAGAUCCUGUUCGUCAAUAAAAACAGUUCUCCGUUGCACUUUAUGUCUGCCGGAGCUACCUACGACAUCAAGAUGAUCGCGUCUGUGGUCACGCGCUAUCUGGCCGUCGUUGAUGCCCGGUUGAUUGAAUUGCUUGAUGUCGGUUCUCGCGUGCACUACAUCCUGCGCGAGGUUUCCAGGGACAUGAGCGUUAACUUCUUUAUUCGUUAUCGUCGCAUGCUCCAUGUGAUCUUAGGAAGCCAACUCCGCAAAGUCACCCCCAUUGAGAAAACCCUCCUGACCACUUUCCUCGACCUAUACGACAACUUCGUUUACACUUCCUUCCUCAACACCCGCAACCGCCACUUGCUCCUCGAGGACAUCGUCAAUAUCGAACGCAACGAAGUCACCCGCAUCCUCGUCGCCCUGUGGGAUAUCCUGUGUCGCGUGAUUGAGGGCUACGACCGUUACCUGAAUCUCAUGGAGACUAUCGGAGUCGAGUACUUGGAUCCUCUCAUCGAGCAGAUCGAGCACUAUCUGCAUCCUAUUCGUGGUAGCGAGAAGGAGCAGGAUAUUAGGAGGCAGUUGGAUGAGGGAUUCGAUCGGUACAGGGAGGCAAAUCUCUCGAUUUUGAGGCCGGAGGAUGGUUUGUUCCCCUGA